UGUUUAAGUUAUUGUCACGUUGCAAUCAACUCCUUUCUAUAUGUGUCGCUUGUGCGACUUUUGUGAGGUAUAAUUAUUAGAUGUAGCAGUAAAUAUUUACUGUCUCUGCAGACGGACUGUUAUUGAUUUGACAAGAGCAAAACCGGCAGUUUGCCGAACUCACCCGAGAAUCGACUUACUGCAUUAGAGGUGAAGUCGAAGGCUGCCCAUUACAGUUCAGGUACAUUCAGAGUUUGAAUGAGUUUGAUCAUAAAUCGGUUUAAGACAUUUUGACUUGCUUCAGACAAUAAUGGAAUUAAGUACAACUGCUGGGGUGCUUUCUACGGGAACUUCUUCACCCGAGAUGUCUACACCGGGCAUAAUCUCAAUUCUGACCCCGAUCCAACGAGUCAUUCUUACCAGCAUUAUGAUCUUCAUUUGCAUCGUGGGCGUCUUGGGCAACAUCAUCGUCAUCUCUGCCGUUAUCCUGUCCAAGAAACUCAGGUGUGUCACUAACAUCUUCGUGGUGAGUCUCGCCGUGGCCGACUUGAUGACUUGCCUGAACAUUCCGUGGAUGGCAGUGGCCACUCUAUCCGAGGCCGGCUGGAUUCUGCCCGAUUGGAUCUGCACCGCGUGCGGGUUUGUACUGAUGGUAUGCAUCGGCAGUAGCAUUUACACCUUAGCUUGCGUGGCUACCAUCCGUUCCGUGGUGAUAACGGGUUUGCCUGGCCGCUGCCGGACAUUGUACACUCCUCCUAAGAUCUGUGCAAUCCUCAUCCUCAUCUGGACGGUACCUUUGGCCGUAGCCACCAUACCUCUGGUGUCUAACUUCGGCAAGCUUGGAUACGACUUCAAGUAUAGCUCGUGCACAUGGGAUACAAGCAACCCUAACUCAGGGAAUUUCAGCAAGUUAAUAUCCGGUGUUUUCUACCCGCUACCAUUCAUCAUCAUCACGUACAGCUACUUCAAAAUCUACCGGCACGUGCGCCGUCACUCCCGGGCCGUGGCGCCCAUUUUAAGCAUCAGUUCAUCGGUAGCGGUCCGGCCAAGCGAGAACAGACCAAACGCAACGGGGGAAAACAUCGCCAUGAACCCCAACAACAAUUCUCGUGAUCACCGGACGGGAAACAGCUUUCGAGAGAGACUCAACAAACGACAAGUUGAUGUGACUAAAAACAUGUUUUACAUUGUGUGUGCAUUUGUUUUGUGCAUAUCACCUUUUGGAUUCUGUCUUAUGUAUGAUGCCAGUGACCCUUUUGUGCCAUAUGCUGGCAUGUUUUUAUUCGGCAAUAGCUGUAUAAAUCCUUUCAUCUACGCCACAAAGCACCCUGAUUUUAAGAAAGUCAUCCGACUUAUGCUUACCUGUAAAUUUUCCAAAAUAUAAAAAAACUGAAAAUCGUAUAGUAUAUACUUAAAAAAACUAAAAACAAAUAUACAAGGUUGUUAUGGUUCAUAUAAAUCAUAACAAGACAAAGCAAACGUAUAGUAAAGCUGGUCAAAGAGCACACAAAAAUCUAUUUAAUUUAUUCAGAAUGACUUCACCGGAAGUCACGUACAAAGAGGACAUUAUGCUGGGACCAUUGAUCUUACUAAUGGAGAUCAAUGGCUGGGACCAUCAAAAACAAAUACGUGUGAAGAGAUCUGAUUUGCCUAAGUGUAGAACAGUGCACAAAAAGCGGGGUUCGAUUUAACACCGGUGCUAUCUAUAUAGGUCCAUCAGUGUAAAUAAUUUUUUCCGUUGACGAUUGUUGAAAGGCUACAGAAGAAAGCGCCUCUCAACAACCUACCCU